AUGUUAUUGAAAUGUUCAGAAAACCUUAAUAUUUCAACAAAGAUCAAUUGUGCAAAUAGACACGUUUCCCUUUAUAAUCCUUCAACUCUGCCGCACUACUUCCAUUAUACUCACAACCAACGCAUUGGCAAUUUCAUCCUAGUCACUGAUGCUGGUUGGAUGGUUGCUCAGUCAUCCAAAACCGAAGGCAAAAAAAUCAAUUAUGAUCUUGACAACAGCAGACAAGCCUUUUUCCUGGCUUCUGGACCAAGUUUUGUGAAUAGCACUCUCACCGAACCGUUUGAUAAUAUUGAAUUAUACAACAUGAUGGCAGACCUCUUGAAAAUUGAACCAGCUCCAAAUAAUGGUACAGAGGGUUCACUAAAUGCCAUAUUACUAAAGAAUGCAUCGUUUCUUCAGGAGACACCAAAACAAGCUAACUAUGCACUGUGCCAAUGGUCAAAUGUGACUAAAACAAACAUUUGUCCUCAAUUACUUUCAAAUGAAUCCCAGAUGUAUGCAGAUACUUUCAAUAAACAUUUACCAUUUGGUCUCCCAUAUUUAGAAGAACAUUCUGGAAAAAAUUGCCUUCAAUUUUCCAAAUCUUUUGUGUUUGCAUUUGAUUCUGAAUUGCAAAUGCUAAAAUGGGUCUCUUCUACAAUGAAAAAGGUUAGAAGCACAACAAAGCCACCUCAUCCACUUUUCCAGUCAGACAUCUCAUCAACUAAUUGUUUCAAAUAUAACAGCAACACUUCAAAUAUCACAACAGGAUACCUUCUGCCUUAUGUUGAUGAUGAACAUUAUAUGAAGACUGCUGUUCCUAUGUUUGAAGGAUUCAAAAAUGGAAUUUGGAAAGAAAUUCACAAUUUAAUUAAUGAGUAUAGGAUAAAAUAUUCAUUAAUAAAUGCUGUAGCUGGUCCAAUUUUCAAGAAUACAACAAUUGGUGGAGAUGUUGAUGAUGCUAGUGUUGCAACCACUAGACAAAUAUCGGAAGGAAAAAAAAGUACGUUUUCUGUUCCAAGCCAUUUUUAUCUUAUUUUGGGCAAAUGCCAAUCAGAUGGCGACUUCCAAGACUGCCGAAACCAUACUGAAAUAAUGUCAGUCAUUCUCCCUCACACCCAAGAAACUGCCAAUUGUAAGAGGCCCAGGAAAUAUAUUGAAGAAUACCGUUCUCGAAUAAGAGAUGUCGAAAUUUUGACUGGCACUGAGUUUUUGACAAAUCUCUCAAAAUCUGAUUCUGUCAGGCUCAGAACAUUUUUGCCAUCAAAACUUUGGGAAGGAAAACGUGCAUCCUCUUGGAUGAAUCAGCCAUUCUGUGAAAAAAUUGAUACAAGUCAAUGCAAAAAUAUGUCAAAUGGUCCAACUUUAAUAUUCAUCUCAUUGGAUGGAUUCCGAGUGAGUUAUCUCAACAAACAUGUUACCCCUGUAAUCAGCCGUCUCAGAGAAUGUGGAGUCCAUAGCCCUUACAUGAAACCAGUGUUUCCAUCAAAAACUUUCCCAAACCAUUUCAGUAUGGCCACUGGACUCUAUCCAGAAACUCAUGGAAUUAUUGCCAACCGCAUGUAUGAUAUCAAGCAUAACGAAUCUUUCAAGACAAGUAAUGCUGAAAGCAAGUGGUGGAAUGCAGAACCGGUAAGGAAGAAUUCUUACUCCAAAUAUUAUAACAAUUGCUGUUUGACCUUCUUUAGGUAUUUAGAUAUUCUGCAAAUAAUUCGGUUAAAUAUAGAAUUUUUAUUUUAUUUAUUUUUUUUUUUUUUUCAUUUUAAACCUCACAAAAUAAAUUUUGCUUAUAUUUUCACUCAGUUGAAUAACCAAUAUCACCCAGAUAAUUAUGAGAAAUAUAAUCCGGUGAAAUCUUUUGAAGAUAAUAUGGAUAAAGCUGUUGCAUGGAUUAAAAAUGGAGUGAGAUUUGUUGCUCUUUAUUUUGAACAACCAGAUGAAUCAGGUCACAGACGUGGACCUAAUUCAGCAAAGGUUGUUAAGGCUCUACAAACAAUUGAUAGUGUUAUUGGAGUAUUGAUGGACGAAUUAUUCGAAGAAAGACUUGAGAAUUGUAUUGACAUCGUCAUUGUAGCAGAUCAUGGUAUGACGGAUAUUUCCCUAGAACGAGUUAUUCAGCUCUCUAACAUUCUAAACAAGACAGCUCUUAAGCAAGUAAUGUCUAUUGGCUCUUUAGUGAGAAUCUCAACCAAGUACAAAAUGGAAUUUAAUAAAAUAGAGAUUUUCACCAAUGAAACAAAAGAUAAAGUUUCUGAAAAAGAGUUGUUAUCUGACCUGAAGUGUCAAAGUCCAUACAUGAAUGUUUAUGCCAAAAGAUAUUUGCCCAAAGUUCUUCACUAUGCUAAUAACAUAAGAAUUGAAGAUGUGAUUAUUCUACCAGAAGACAAAUGGUCUGUUGUAAAGGAUUUAUCUUUUUAUACAGAUAAAGGAAGCCAUGGUUAUGACAACCGAUACAGAAACAUGAGAAGCUUAUUCCUUGCUUAUGGGCCAGAUUUCAAACAAAAUUUGACAAUCAAACCUUUUGAAAAUAUUGAACUUUAUAAUCUGUUUACUGAUAUCUUCAAUGUUACCGGAGCUCCAAACAACGGAACAGUGGGCCGUUUAGAUAGCAUCUUAAAUUCCCCACCAAUAAGAAACAAACAGAGUCUGAUGGACCAAUAUAUCAAAACACCUUUCAAUAUGUCUCUUGUGAUGUUGCAGCAAUUUCUUCAAGAUAACGAUUGUCCUAACUCUCCAGUAUUCGGCAAAAUGGUGAAGGAAUUAUUUGUCUUACUGAAUGACUCAAAUAACUACACGGAUUUUGAAGGGACCAAAUCCUUUGGUCUGCCUGCAUCCAACACAACGGCGUUACUCCUGCCUCAUACUUCCCAUGUGACUGUUUAUGAUUCUGGCCUCAAGCUUCCGACCUUUAUUGCUACCACAUUAACCAAGGAGAACAAGUUGAAGCAAAAGAGCUCUAAAGAUGGCAGCUGUUUCAUCCCUGAUCCUAGAUUAGCUGGUCAGUCAAAGUACCUUCCGAACUGUUCCCAGGAAGCUGCCACAAUGGACAACUUAACUUGGAUGAAUUUGUAUCCAUCUGAUUUCAUUACUGAUGAUAACAAGAUUAUUUUAAAUCUGUCAUCGAGCUGUAUUCCUGUUCCAUAUAAAUUUGUUUCUGAUUUGUGGGAUGAAGCAUUAAACAAGAUUUCUGAAUGGUUGAACACUUACUCAGAGAUCAAUAUGUUCAGUGGACCAAUAUUUGAUUAUAAUUUUGAUGGAAGAGCUGAUGAUCAAGAAACAAUAUGGAAGUUUUCUCCUGAAACAGUUCCAACACACGUUUUCCUUGUACUUACUUCCUACAAUCACUCAGAGUCUGACUUGCAAAACAGUGCAGCAUACAUCCUACCCACUGAUCUUGGAAAUCAUUCAUAUUGCAGGAAGCCAUCCUGGAUUCUACAGAAUCAUAAAGCCCGCAUAAGAGAUGUGGAAUUAUUAACCAACCUGGAAUUCUUCCCUGAUAUGACAUCUGAAAAAGCUGUUAUUUCUAGAACUUCAUUAUAAUUAACAUAAAACAUAGGACAAAUCUCAUACAGAAAUAUCAGGGAGUUUAUUGAAUAAAUAAUUUAUUACUUUUCAUGAAAAUGGAAAAAAAUAUAUACAGACAUUAAAAUGUGAUUAUUUUCUUAAAGAGAAAA